CCCUUCUCCUUCUUUCGGGGCGUUGUCCGGCUCACUAUAUAAACUCGUAUAAACUGCGAGUGAACUUCUGCUUUUCUCUCCAACCCACCCUGCACACUCAGCCGCCUCCUCGUCUGCCUUCUUUGCAAAUAUGACUGACUUGGAAAAAUGCAUGGAGAACCUCAUUGUUAUCUUCCACCGCUACGCCAAAGACGACGGCGACGGGAGGACGCUAAGCAAAAAAGAACUUAAAAAACUGCUGGAGACGGAGUUACCCACCUUUCUCAAGACUCAAAAGAACCCCAAAACAGUGGACUGCAUCUUGCAAGACCUUGACCAUAACAAAGAUGACAAAUUGGACUUUGAAGAGUUCCUGCCCUUGGUCGCGGGUCUUUCCAUGGCAUGUGAGAAGUGCUAUGUGCUGCACCAAAAGAAGGGCAAACAAUAGAAGAACCAGACACAUGUUUCAGAAGUAUUAACAAACCUUUGACUGAAUAUCACCUUGUCUGUCUGACUAUUCAUGCCACACUUGCUUUUGUAUUUUUUCCUUGUAUGAUUUAAACUCAUGAAAAAGUUUUGUUACAAAAAUACGUCCACCCUGUGCUUACUGGCUCCAACCAAUGUGAUUGAUAACCAUACAUUUAAUAAAUAGCAGGUGGCCCCAAAAUUCUUUGGCACUCUGGUCUAAUUUUACUGAGAAUAUUUUCCAUCGUACUAAACCACAAAACUAACACAUCUAUGUCAGUCAUUAUGAGCGUUUCAUUCUUGAAAUAAAAUGUUAGCCAACUACUAGAA